AUGGAAGCGAAGACUAAGCCCCAUCUCCUUGUGACUGCAUUCGACUUUGGUACUACGUACAGCGGUUAUGCGUUUUCUUUUCAAGAUGACCGGCUGAAAGUUCAGACCAACCAGACUUGGUAUUCCGGAGGAACAGGGAAAAUGAUCUCUCUCAAGACAAGCGUGCUUCUUAAUCCAGAGGGCGAGCUCGAUUCUUUUGGUUUUGAAGCUGAAGAUAACUAUGCGAGUAAAACUGAAGAUGACGAACACGAAGGAUGGCGAUUGUUCCGGCGUUUUAAGAUGGUUUUACACAACAAUAAGGCUGGUCUCGAUGAAAACCGAAUAACACUUGCUCUUAAACCGGAAUCAGCCUCAAACUGGUGUGAGACACUCGAUGUUGACACAAAGGCUGCGCUGGCCGGGACCGGAACGCAGUAUAUGGUCAUUGAUUUAGGAGGUGGCACAGCAGAUAUUUCUAUCCAUAAGAAGUCACAGGGCGGCACUCUUAAGGGAAUACAUCAGCCGACCGGUGGACCAUGGGGCGGAAUCUAUAUUGACGUCAGCAAUAUCAAAUUCUUGGAACUCGUUUUUGGAGAGAAGGCUAUAACUGCACUUAAGACAGAGGAAAUCGCCGACUACUUUGACGUCAUCAGGGAAUUUGAAACAAAGAAACGUACGUUUUAG